UUCAUUCCCCUGCACACGUAACGCGUUCUCGUGAAAUCUACACCCCAUUCCCGCUCAGAGAAUAUUACUAUUCUUGCGAAUCUCCUUCCUUUCUUCUGCUUUCUAGGGUUUGUUUGUGCAGCCGUCGCCAUCAAUCUCGACAUCACAGAUCGAAAACCGGGUUGAUUCAUCGAAGCGUGAAAGACACUCGUGUUUUUGCAUCAGUUUAGAAUUGAUCUGUGUGUUUUCAACCUAUAACUGAGGACUGAAUGAUCUAAUCUAAUGGAGUCUAAAGGUGGGAAGAAGAAGUCUAGCAGUAGUAAAUCCUUGUUUUAUGAAGCUCCCCUAGGUUAUAGCAUUGAAGACAUUCGACCUGCCGGUGGAAUCAAGAAGUUCAGAUCAGCUGCUUACUCCAACUGCGCUCGGAAGCCAUCCUGAGAUUUCCAAUUCCUGACAUCAGUUCCAAAAGCGGCCAAUACCUUAAUAUUUUUUUUCUCGUCUUUUCUUCAACACUCGUCUUCUAAUCUUUCUCCGACAGCAUUUCUUUCCUCUUAUUUUACAAAGUAAUUCAUCCCAUUAAGCCAAGAUGGCCUUUCCAGUUUCAGCAAUUGGUUUUGAAGGAUAUGAAAAGAGGCUUGAGAUAACUUUCUUUGAGCCUGGGCUCUUUUCGGACCCUGAAGGCAAGGGCCUGCGCGCUUUAUCCAAAUCCCAGUUGGAUGAAAUUCUGAAACCAGCUGAAUGCACCAUUGUCAGUUCUUUGUCAAAUGACGAAGUUGACUCUUAUGUCCUUUCUGAAUCUAGCCUCUUUGUGUACCCUUACAAAAUCAUCAUCAAAACUUGUGGGACUACAAAAUUGCUUCUUUCGAUCCCACCGAUCCUUGAUUUGGCUGAUAUGCUCUCCCUCUCUGUGAGAUCUGUGAAGUACACUCGUGGAAGCUUUAUUUUUGCUGGGGCCCAACCAUUUCCUCAUCGCAACUUCUCUGAAGAAGUAGCUGUCCUCGAUAGUUACUUUGGCAAGCUUGGUUCAGGAAGCAAGGCUUAUGUGAUGGGCAGUGAUGAUAAUAAAGAACAGAAAUGGCACGUGUACUCUUCUUCUGCUGAAUCGACGAAUCAUUUGGACCCAAUUUACACCCUGGAAAUGUGCAUGACUGGUUUAGACAGAAAGAAGGCGUCUGUGUUUUACAAGGCUGAUGCAAGCUCUGCUGCUGCGAUGACGGAUGUCUCUGGUAUAAGGAUGAUUCUUCCAGAUUCUGAGAUCUGCGACUUUGAAUUUGAUCCAUGUGGUUACUCCAUGAAUGCUAUCGAAGGUGGCGCGAUUUCAACCAUUCAUGUCACGCCGGAAGAUGGUUUCAGUUAUGCGAGUUUUGAAGCAGUGGGGUACGAUUUCCGAUACUUGAGUUUAACCCAACUGGUUGAGAGAGUGUUGGGUUGUUUCCACCCAAGGGAGUUCUCUAUUGCUUUGCAUUCCGAUGAUGUUGGUGACGGACUGGGUCCUGAUAUCAAUCUGGAUGUGAUGGGGUAUUGCUGCGGAGAGAGGAGCUAUGAGGUGCUGGGAAAGGGAGGAUCUGUUCUUUACCACAGCUUCAUGAGGGCCAGUGGCUGUGGGUCUCCUAAGUCAAUUCUGAAUUGCGGUUGGAGCGAGAGUGAUGAAGACGAGAAGGUGGAGAAGAAACAAUAAAUGACCAGAUAUUCUGGUCUGUCUUCGUGUUUUAAGAGUCGGAGCACAACUAUGCUAAUAAGCUCCCAUGUAGUGAGUCAAUAGUUACUAGCUUUUGGUAUCUAUGUUAUGGUAUUGCCGCGCGUGGUAGUUUUAAAAUUCAUCUGUUGGAUUGUUUUUCAGUGUCGUGAUUGAUAAUUUCGGCUGUUUGAAGUGUUGAAAACAAAUUAUUGCUACGGUGCAUGAAAUAUGAUAAUUUCGAAUC